CUGAGACGUCCUCGCUGUCUCUCCGUCUCAGUGGAAGCUAAUGAGACACUUUGCCUGGGAUUAAACACUAAGUUCUCAUUUGCCACCGAUGCGCCCUGCCUCUGCAGCUGCUGAUUUAUUUCAACACCAGUGUCACGAGGAAGCUGUGGAAGACAUAUCACGGAAAACAAAAAACCAGACCUCUAUACGGAAAUGGUAGUUGGUUCGUUUGAGGGCUUGUGAAUCAGCAAAGCAGGGCUUUUUUUUUUUUGGCAACAAAUAAUAAAGCACUGGGCAAAAUGUUUCUCCCCCAGCCUCCAGUGGCCUCCCUGCCAGCUUCUUUAUUCCAGGCAUGAGUGUGACCCCCAAAAAAUCCAUUCAGCCUGCUUCCUCUUCUGGUCACACAACUUCCAGUGCAGAUGGAUGACAUCGAUGGCCUGCGGUUGAGGCUGUCCACCGAGGACUCCGUGUCACUGGCUUCCUCCUUGGCUGAGCCUAUCAACCUAGAAGAUUCCUAUUAUGCUCGGCUGCGAGGUGAGCUUGAGUCUGACGCCCAGAACCUGGAGGCAGAGUCCUGGAGUGUGGCUGUGGACCAGAAUUACCUGAGAGCCCUGAACAAAGAGGCUGUUAAAAGACAAGAUGUCAUCUAUGAGUUGAUCCAGACAGAGAUGCACCAUGUACGCACCUUAAAAAUCCUUCUCCAUGUCUACAUGCAUGAGUUGAGGCAGUCUCAGCUGAUUGAGGAAGCCACGCUGGAGCGGCUCUUCCCUGGAGUGGAAGCCCUCCUCACUCUCCACCAGCACUUCCUCAACUGCCUCAAAACACGCCAGAACCAAAGUCGAGAGGAGGACAGCCCAAACAACUACCAGAUCACACAGCUAGGGGAUAUUCUCAUCUCUCAGUUUUCCGAUGAAAUGGGAGAAGAAAUGAUGAUAGAGUACGGUGUUUUCUGCAGCCAUCAGAAGGAAGCCGUCAGCUUCUACAAAGAGCAACUGCAGAACAACAAGAAGCUGCAGGGUUUUAUUAGGAAAUUAGGUCAGCUGCCUCUAGUGCGAAGGUUGGGAAUCCCUGAAUGUUUUUUGUUGGUGACUCAGCGCAUCACAAAAUACCCCGUCCUGGUGGAGCGAAUCAUCCAGAACACUGAAGCUGACACAGACGAGUACAAGUAUCUAGUACAGGGUUUGGCGCUCAUCAAAGACACCAUCUCCCAGGUGGACACUCAGGUCAGUGAAUAUGAGAAAGCUUCUCGUCUGAGGGAGAUCAUCCUGCGUCUGGAGCCAAAAUCUCAGGGCCGCCUGAAGGACGGCCAGGUGUUCCGCAGAGAGGAUCUGAAUCAGGGAAACAGGACGCUGCUGCACGAAGGUGCAGUCACCUGGAAGUUCUCUGGUAGACAGAAAGACAUCCACGCUGUGCUGCUGUCAGACGUGCUCCUCCUCUUGCAAGAAAAAGAUCAGAAGCUUGUGUUUGCUUCUGUGGACAACAAACCACCAGUGAUCUCCCUUCAGAGGCUGAUAGUUAGGGAAGUGGCCCAUGAUGACAAAGCCAUGUUCCUUAUCUAUGCCUGCACCUCCGGCUUCCCAGAAAUGUACGAGAUCCACACAGGCUCCAAAGAGGAACGCGUCAACUGGAUGGCCCUCAUACAAAAAGCUGUAGAACACUGUCCACAAGAGGAGGCGUACCAUGAAGAUAAUGCUAAACUGCAGCAAUAUCAAGAUGCUCUGGAGAAGAUGGAUGACCAGAUAAUACUGAGUCUGACAAAGAAGCAGCAGAUCUUUGCUGCUCUGUACAAGAGUGCGACAGACCAGGAAGCACCCCACCAGAGGCUGCUGCUCCGAGGAGACGCCACUGACCUCCUGCAGGGGGAAACGCUGCUCAAAGGAGCCAUCAUUGAGGUGGAAAACCUGCUGAGCCUGUUCUUGUCACAGAGAAGAGACCCAGACCUUGAAAUGGAUGAGAAUGGAGAUGUAGCUGAGACGUCGGGCAGCAGCGAGGACAGUCCAGUGUGCGUCAGUAACACCACUAGCAAUCCUGAGAUCCAGGAAACGUUCUACUCUGAAGGCCUGGAACAGUCUGCUGAUGACGACAGACCCCCAGUGCCAAACUGCCACUCAGCCUCCAGUCAUUUCCCUGGGGUAGAGGUGUGUGACAGGGUGAUGAUGAUCGCAAAGAGACUCCACAGCUUAUUGGCAGUCAUCGCACAGCAGGACAGCCAUAUUGAGCUGCAGCGCGCUUUUCAGUCGAACAGCCAGCAGCCCGCUCGUCACUACAACGUCUUGCUAGAGCAGGAGAGGCAGCGCAACUUGGAGAAGCAGAAGGAGGAACUUGCCAACUUUCACAAGCGGCAAGCUCAACAUCAAGAGGAGCAGCAGCGCUGGGAGAAGGAGAGGGAGCGGCAGAGGAUACAGAUCGAGAGACUGGAGUCUCAGCUGCAACAGAGGGAAGAGGAAUGUGGGAAGUGGGAGGAGAGGCUGAAUGCGGAGAAGGCUGAGCUGGAGAGUCAGAAGGAAAGCUACCAGCAGGACCUGGAGAGGCUGAGGGAGUCCACAAAAUCAGUGGAAAAGGAAAAAGAGCAGCUGACUCAGGAGAAGAAGCGAUUGGAACAGUUGCAGGAGAAGUUAAAGUCAAAGUACCCAGGAUUCUUCAACUAUGAGGAUCCUGCACAAUCCCGGAAUCUCUCCAGUUACCUGUCGUUCAGGGGAAGCAUAGUGAACGGAGGUGGGAAUCUGACACCAAAGCCCAGCAUCUUGCUCACCACCUCCGAUCCCAAGGAAAUUCCUCCAAAGGUUCCACCUCGCAAGGAGAGCAUCAGCCCCCAGCCGGUCAAAUCCGAGCUGCCCAUCCACCUGAUCAGCACCACCAACCAGGUGCACAAACCUCCUGUUGUGCAGCAGCAGAUCCCCACCAAGCUGGCUACUCUGCCCAAAGGAAAGGAGAAGGGCUUCAAGUCGAAGGGGUCCCACCAGAGAACGCACAGUGCAGCCUCUAUAGAUGUGAACCAAGUGCUGCCCAUCCGAGUGACGGGGAAAGAAGGAGGCAGUCUGAGAGCCAAGAGGAACAAGAGUCCUCAAAGAAUCUACCAGCCAGAUACCUUCAAACCACCAGGAUCUGGCCACGGUGUGAAAAUGUCUCAGUCCUUCAGCACACACAAGAGGAGCAGUAGCGAUGCUGCUCCACCAGCACCACCCCCUUUCCCCAAAGAUGUUCUCGAAAAGGGCAAACAAGAGAAGGUAAUAUUUCUUUAAUCAUAAACUACACACUGGAGUUUGGAUGAGGCCCUGACCAGCACAAAGACUUAAACACACUCCAAAGACUGAUGGAGCUGUGAAAAGACAUUGCACAUGACUUCAUGGCAUCCAUGUGUGUCCAGUAUGAAGAGGCCACUCUCUGUUAAUGUACUUUAACACAGGGUGUUAAAGUAAAGCAUGGGCUGUUGAAAUCAGCUGAAAAAAGCAGAGUGUUUGACAUGUUUUACAAGAAAAUUUUUAAACAUUUGGGAAAAGAUAAUGUUUUAAGAUUUUUUUUUUCCUAAGAAGUUCCUUUUUUAUGCUUCUCAUUUUAAAUGAAAGUGCGCUCAUGUCUCGUAUGCUUCCUUUUUAAUUUAACAAAUGAUAAAUAUGGUCUGAGGAAGCUAUAGAUUUGCAAGUUUACGUCAGUUUAGAUAUGAACUGCCAAGCACAUAAUUUUGUAUCUCAGUGAAUCAGAUCAGCUACUAUAAACCUGCUUUUAAGAUUUUGUAGAAGAAACGAGAGUCUUGCUGUAAACCUAUUGUUUCUUAAUAUUAUCAAAAGUGAAGAAUGAGCAGUUCAGGUUAAUCUGUGGAGGCUGUUUGUGCACUUCCUGACUGGACACAGUGACAGUCCACAACACAGCACAGGAUCGGUAGGAUUGUUUGUUAACAGCCAGACAGCUGCUGAAGCAUUUAUGAGAAUUGUUUCUGAGUGACAUUCCCUGCUAAAUAAUGUCCUUAUGUAAUUUAACAUUUAAUAUUACGUUGAUGAUUUUCUCUGGUAGAGACACAUUGACCACUGUCACCUCAUGCAUGGUUCCAUGUAAAAUAUCUUCCAAAUCCCAACUAAUGGGUCAUGGAAUAAAAAGAUGGUUGACUUU